AUGCUUACUCUGUUACAGGGGGCAGUAAAGCUCACUGUUACAGGGGGCAUUAAUGCUUACCCUGUUAUAGGGGGCAUUAAUGCUUACUCUGUUAUAGGGGGCAUUAAUGCUUACUCUGUUAAAGGGGGCAGUAAUGCUCACUCUGUUACAGGGGGCAGUAAUGCUUACUCUGUUACAGGGGGCAGUAAUGCUUACUCUGUUACAGGGGGCAUUAAUGCUUACUCUGUUACAGGGGGCAUUAAUGCUUACUCUGUUACAGGGGGCAGUAAUGCUUACUCUGUUACAGGGGGCAGUAAUGCUCACUCUGUUGCAGGGGGCAGUAAUGCUUACUCUGUUACAGGGGGCAGUAAUGCUUACUCUGUUACAGGGGGCAGUCAUACUCACUGUUAUAGGGGCAUUAAUGCUUACUCUGUUACAGGGGGCAGUAAUGCUCACUCUGUUACAGGGGGCAGUAAUGCUUACUCUGUUACAGGGGGCAUUAAUACUUACUCUGUUACAGGGGGCAGUAAUGCUUACUCUGUUACAGGGGGCAGUAAUGCUCACUCUGUUACAGGGGGCAGUAAUGCUUACUCUGUUACAGGGGGCAGUAAUGCUUACUCUGUUACAGGGGGCAGUAAUGCUUACUCUGUUGCAGGGGGCAGUAAUGCUUACUCUGUUACAGGGGGCAGUAAUACUCACUGUUAUAGGGGCAUUAAUGCUUACUCUGUUACAGGGGGCAGUAAUGCUCACUCUGUUACAGGGGGUAGUAAUGCUCACUGGUACAGGGGGCAGUAA